ACCCUCACCACCCUCCUGGAGAAGGUGGAGGGCUGCCGCGACCUCCUGCCUGAGAGCCCCGGCAAGUACCUGGUCUACAACGGGGACCUGGUGGAGUACGACGCCGACCACAUGGCGCAGAUCCAGCGGGUGCACGCCUUCCUCAUGAACGACUGCCUGCUGGUCGCCACUGCCCUGCCCAACCGCCGCGGCGCCUACCGCUAUGACGCCCUGUACCCCCUCGAUGGGCUGGCCGUGGUCAAUGUCAAGGACAACCCGCCCAUGAAGGACAUGUUCAAGCUGCUCAUGUUCCCCGAGAGCCGCAUCUUCCAGGCUGAAAACGCCAAGAUCAAGAAGGAGUGGCUGGGGGGGCUGGACACCAAGCGCACCCGGGCCCUCAGCGAGAAGCGACGCCUAGAGCAGGAGGCCCUGCCCCGGCCUGCCCUGACACCCCCUGAAUCCACCAACCCCUUUGAGGAGGAUGAUGAGGAGGAGGAAGAGCACUCUGUUGAGGAGGAGGUGGUUGACCUCUCACUUGAAUGGAUCCAGGAGCUGCCAGAGGACUUGGAUGUCUGCAUCGCUCAGCGGGACUUCGAGGGGGCGGUGGACCUCUUAGAUAAACUCAAUGAGUACCUGAGGGACAAGCCUGUGAGCCAGCCUGUGAAGGAGUUGCGGGCCAAGGUGGAUGAGCGGGUCCGGCAGCUUACAGACGUGCUGGUGUUUGAGCUGUCUCCAGACCGCUCCCUGCGAGGAGGGCCGCGGGCCACCCGGCGAGCCGUGUCCCAGCUCAUUCGCUUGGGCCAGUCCACCAAGGCUUGUGAGCUCUUCCUGAAGAACCGGGCAGCUGCAGUGCAGACGGCCAUCCGACAGCUGCGCAUCGAGGGCGCCACGCUGCUCUACAUCCACAAGCUCUGCCACGUCUUCUUCACCAGCCUUCUAGAGACGGCGAGAGAGUUUGAGACAGACUUCGCUGGCAACAACGGCUGCUACUCGGCCUUCGUUGUCUGGGCCCGCUCGUCCAUGAGGAUGUUUGUAGAUGCCUUCAGUAAGCAAGUAUUUGAUAGUAAAGAGAGCUUGUCGACUGCGGCAGAGUGCGUCAAGGUAGCUAAAGAGCACUGCAAGCAGCUUAGUGAGAUUGGACUGGAUCUCACCUUCAUCAUUCACGCCCUUCUGGUGAAGGAUAUCAAAGGUGCUUUACAGAGCUACAAAGAUAUCAUCAUCGAGGCCACCAAGCACCGCAACUCUGAGGAGAUGUGGAGAAGGAUGAACCUAAUGACUCCGGAGGCACUGGGGAAGCUCCGGGAGGAGAUGAGGAGCUGCGGGGUAGGCAAUUUUGACCAGUACACAGGUGAUGACUGCUGGGUCAACCUUAGCUAUACUGUAGUAGCUUUCACUAAGCAGACUAUGGCCUUCUUGGAGGAAGCAUUAAAGCUUUACUUUCCAGAGCUGCAUAUGGUUCUUUUGGAGAGUCUUGUGGAAAUCAUACUGGUGGCUGUCCAGCAUGUUGACUACAGUUUACGGUGUGAACAGGACCCUGAGAAGAAAGCCUUCAUUAGGCAAAAUGCAUCCUUCCUGUAUGAAACUGUCCUUCCUGUUGUGGAAAAAAGAUUUGAGGAAGGAGUUGGAAAGCCAGCCAAGCAGCUACAGGAUCUGAGAAAUGCUUCAAGAUUGAUGCGUGUAAAUCCAGAAAGUACCACCUCUGUGGUGUGAAUGAAGUGACCUAACUGUUCUUAUGAACGGAGCGUGAAAGCACUUACUGAAAACGCUGUAUAUUGAAUAUAUGAACUAAAUGGGUUUUUGAGUCCCUGCAAAAUGAAGAAGUCUAACUGCUGCAUUACAGAAGCUGAAGACUUCCAAUCAAAGCCUGCAAGGAUGCAAUGCUUUUCUUGGUGAAUGGGGGUAGGGGAGGGAGAAGUAAGGUCAAGGUCACAUGUCCUUCGAGAGCAUAUCCUGUAAGAAUGGUUUGUGUAGUGUUUGUGGCUUGGGAAAUACUAUCCUGUACAAUUUUUGGCCAAAUGUUUGUAAAAGUCUUAAAUAUAUGUACACCAUAUGGCAGGAAAAGA